AUGAGUGCGCAAAGGAGAAACGUAGUAGGUUCCAAACGCCCGAGGGAAGUCUUCCUAACAUCAACAUCUCUGUCUUUUUCUUCACUGUCUUCUUCUUGUGCCUCAUGGGACGAUGGGAUAGAGAUAAGCAUGAUGAAAACAUCCCGAACGUCUUAUGAAAUAUCGUGUGUGCAACAACCUUCUCCAUCUUCCCCGUCGAGGCUACGACCAGUUCGGUUGAUGGACGAAUGUUUAGGGACGCAUUACGAUCCCGAGAGGAUCCCAGCAUCGGUAUUUGCCAAGAGUACUGGGGAUGCGAACUGGAGCGAAGCAUCGAACGACUCGUUGUUUAGUCUGAGAAUGUCCACCUGCCAAGCUUUUCGUGAAAGCAAUAUAGAAGAUGAAGCUGGUGAGUUCUUAGCGUACUCUCCGUAUCUGCUAGUCAAAACGGAGGAAGCAAAAGAGAAGAGAUCUCAAGUGAAAGAGACAAAGACUCAUCAAGAGAAGUCCAUAUCAUCAUCAACGCCUCCAGUUGUCUCAUGGAGUAGUACUAAUUACCCCACUAGUUUUUAUCAAUUAUAUCAAGCGCCGCAGACGAAAGCUCAAUCUUGUCCCCUUCCUGUCGGCGAUAAAAGGGAGAACAAGAAGAAGAAGAUUAUAUGGUCUUGGUUCUCUUCAGGGUUUUUUAAGUAUAACUUGCAUUGCUGCAGCAGAAGCAGAGAACUAUAUAAAAACUAA